GGCAGCCGCAACUAUAAAGAGAUGGACAGGCAACUGUUCCGGCACAACUAUCGAAACAGUCGAUGAGCAAGAUGGGUCUUCGCAGCGUGGAAGAAAUGGUGAGUGGCGAAAGGUCAGAGGUCAACCACUACGAGUAUGAGGCGGCGGAACGAGACGAACGCUUGUCUUCCAGCGACUUGUCGGAGGACGACAGCGGCGGCGAGCACGACGAGGUCAGCGCGGUGGCCCUCAACAUGGACAAAUGCGGGCGUCUGCGUCUGGAGACAGUGGACGACCUCUUCAACAUCCUUCAGCUGAGGAAGAGGAGGCGGGCGAGGAAGGCACCUGCCCGUAAGAACAAAUCGCCACCGCCCACGGAGACGCUGCCCGACACGGUGGAGGCUCCGCUCUUCCUGGCCGCUGCCGUGGACAACAAGAUGGCCGUUGUGAGAAAGUAUCUGGACGAGGGUGGGAACCCCGACGCCGUCGACCACUUCCAAAGGACGGCCCUCCACAAGGCCUCCUUCAAAGGUCACGUGGAGGUCAUGAGCGCGCUGCUGGACGCCGGUGCCGCCAUCGACAGGAAGGACAGACUGGAGUCGACGGCGGCCCACUGGGCCUGCCGGGGCGGGAGCCUCGCCGCCCUUCAGCUUCUCCUCCAGCGCAGUGCCAAGAUCACCGCCAGAGACAAGCUGCACAGUUGUCCUCUGCACGUGGCCGUCAGGACGGGACAUCUGGAGUGCGCAGAGUACCUCAUCCACUGCGGCGCCGACGUCAACGCCAAAGACAGGGACGGCGACACUUGCAUGCACGACGCUGUGAGGAUCAACCGCUUCAAGAUGAUCAAGCUACUCAUGAUGUACGGAGCCAGUCUCAAUGUCAAGAACUGCGAGGGCAAGACGCCUAUGGAGACGUUGUACUCGUGGCAGAACGGCGCCAAGAGCCUCCUCUUCAACUUCAGUGAGGAGCGGGCGGACUCCAACGAAAAGAUGAUGUGAUGUCGUUUCAGUCUCCACACGACAUCGGCGUAAUGUGAAAAGCAGGCCGCGUGACUGUUUAGGCAGAUGUUGCUGGACGACAUUUCGGCCUUUUCUUCCCGUCAGCGGCGCUUCUUCCACUUUUUUCCCCUUAAAUUUCGAGAUAAACGACCAGCUGUACUAACUUGAUUGAUGUUUUAAUAGAGCUGCGUCAACUCAUGAUGACAUCACAGGCAGAUGUCACCAGGGGUUAGCAGCAUUAGCAUGUUUUCCUUUUUCAUGUAUUUUUUUUUUUUAAAGUGAUAACACUAACAGUUCUUGAGAUAUUUAGAGCGAUCGACUAUUAUAUUCUGCAGGUAUGAUAAACGACCACUUUGACCAGCAACGUGUUUUAUUUAUUUUCGAGGGAAUUGACGGAAGUGAGACGUGGUGAGGAAGUUGAUGAAGGAUGACAGGAAGUUGCCAGAUGGACAUUUUAUUGUGAAAAUCAAUAAAGUUGAUUGA